UCCCCGCGCGGCGCUGAGCCCCCAAUACGCAGCCGCUGCACCGAGGCCCGCGCGGCGCUCCCGCCUCUCGGUGUCACCGCCCGAUCCUUCCGGCCGGGCAGCGCGGCCGAGCCUGCGCCGAGAACGCGCGGGGGGUGCGUGAGGGGAGGACACCAACCGGGGAACCCGGAACUGCCCGGCCGAGCGGUAGCGCCGCGGCUGCCAGCCGUCACGGUGAGGCGCUGCGGGCAGCUUAGCCUGGGACGCGGGCUCAGGAGCUCGGCUGCCGGGGUCGGCGGGGAGCGGGCCCUGGGGACGGCGUUCGGUGCGUGCUUGGUGUAUAAUCCAGAAAUCUUCCACAAUGCUAGAGUCCUAUGUGACUCCUAUUUUGAUGAGUUAUGUGAAUCGCUACAUUAAGAACUUGAAGCCCUCAGAUCUACAGCUGUCACUAUGGGGAGGAGAUGUGGUUCUUAGCAAACUUGAAUUGAAGCUGGAUGUACUUGAACAGGAGCUGAAACUACCAUUUAGUUUUUUAAGUGGACAUAUUCAUGAAUUACGAAUCCAUGUACCAUGGACAAAACUAGGCUCAGAACCAGUUGUCAUCACUAUCAAUACAAUGGAGUGCAUCUUGAAACUAAAGGAUGGAGUCCAGGAAGACCAUGAAAGCAGUGGUUCCAGUUCAACGAACCGCAGUACCACAGAGAGUGCAAAAUCAUCAGUGAAACCACGACGAAUCCAGCAAACUGCUCCUUCUGAUCCUGAUUUACCGCCAGGGUAUGUGCAGAGUUUGAUUAGGCGUGUUGUAAACAAUGUCAACAUUGUGAUCAACAAUCUCAUAUUAAAGUAUGUGGAGGAUGAUAUUGUUCUCUCAGUAAAUAUCACUUCUGCAGAAUGCUAUACAGUGGAUGAAUUUUGGGAUCGUGCAUUUAUGGACAUCUCUGCAAAUGAUCUGGUACUAAGGAAAGUGAUUAAUUUUUCUGACUGCACAGUAUGUCUUGAUAAGAGAAAUGCUAGUGGAAAAAUUGAAUUUUACCAGGACCCUCUCCUUUACAAGUGUUCCUUCAGAACUCGUCUGCAUUUUACUUAUGAUAACCUUAAUUCCAAGAUGCCAUCUGUUAUCAAAAUUCAUACAUUAGUUGAAAGUUUGAAGCUUUCCAUCACUGAUCAGCAGCUCCCUAUGUUUAUACGCAUAAUGCAGCUUGGGAUUGCUCUUUACUAUGGAGAAUUGGGAAACUUGAAAGAAGGAGAAAAUGAAGACCUGGUUUGUCAUACUAAAGAUAUACUGGGGAACAGCUCAGGUGUAGAAGAUGAAACAGGUUCAGAUAUGCAAUAUUCUACCCAGUAUAUUAACCAAGAACCCUACAUGCGUCAAGAUGAUGAUCAGCAGCAGGGAUGGGUUUCUUGGGCCUGGUCCUUUGUUCCUGCUAUUGUGAGUUAUGAUGAUGGAGAAGAUGACUAUACUGGAACAGAAGGUGGAACAAUACUGCAUCAGCAGAAAUCCCAGGCCCUUAAGGAUCCUAUUGUUUCUAUUGGGUUUUACUGCACAAAGGCAACUGUGACUUUCAAGCUUACUGAAAUGCAAGCUGAAAGUAGUUAUUAUAGCCCUCAGAAAGUAAAAUCCAAAGAAGUUAUACUUUGGGAGCAAGAAGGAACCACAGUUGAGGCCCUUAUGAUGGGAGAGCCUUUCUUUGACUGCCAAAUAGGUUUUGUUGGUUGCCAAGCUAUGUGCCUUAAAGGAAUUAUGGGAAUUAAAGACUUUGAAGAGAAUGUGAACAGAAGUGAUGCAGAGGCCUACUUCUUCAGUUGUGGAGAAAAUCUGAGUACAAAAGGAAUGACAUACCUUACCAAUUCACUGUUUGAUUACAGAAGUCCAGAAAAUAAUGGUAUUCGUGCAGAAUUUAUUUUGGAUGCAGCUCAUCAUAAGGAGACAUACUCAGAGAUUGCUGGAAUGCAGAGGUUUGGUGCCUUUUACAUGGAUUACUUGUACACAAUGGAAAGCACCAGUGGCAAAGUUUCUGGAAAUCAGCAAGACCUUUCUUCAUCAAAGAGUGAAGAUUUAGUAAAUGUGCAGGAGAUGUCUACAAAAAGCCUCAUUGUAGGUCCGCUUAAUCUUCGAUUGGAUAGCAGUGCAGUACACAGGAUUAUGAAAAUGAUAGUUUGUGCUGUGGAACAUGAAUAUGAGCCAUAUAACAAGCCCAAACCAGAUAUUGUGGAAGGAAAUAGAACUAUGCCAAACUCAGAAGAAAUAGCAUCUUUGGAGGAAUACAUUCCCACUCGACUCACAAGCUUUACCAUUCUUAAAUGCACCAUUACAAUCUCUAUGGCUGAAUUCAAUUUACUGGGCCAUUUGCUACCUAUAAUCAUGGGACAGAAGAGUUCAAGUGGUUUGUUAAAUGCUGGAAGCUUUCAGCCUUUACGGCCUUUGCCUGCUAUUAGAAUAUUGAUGGACAAAAUUAAUCUGGAACAUUCUGUGCCAAUGUAUGCUGAACAACUUGUGCAAACAGUCAGCAGCCUUAGCCAACCUUCUGAUAACCUGCUUCAUUAUUGUUAUGCACACUGCUACCUUAAGAUAUUUGGUUUUCAGGCAGGAUUGACCUCUUUGGACAUUAGAGGAUCAUACUGCUUACCUACUCCAAUUAUCCCCUCUUUUAGUAUUGCUAUUUAUGGCAAACUGCUUACGUUUCCCAAAUAUUGGACCAAGCGAUCUCAUGUUCCACUAACAGAAUGCAUAUUUGAACUUCCAAAUCUGACAGUUCAAGCAACUAGAGCCCAGACCCUUCUUCUACAAACUAUUUAUCAGAGCUGGUCUCAUCAUGUUGGAAAUGUCAGUUCUGCAGUGGUAAAUGAAGUUUUGCUGAAUGAAGUCUUCCAAACUUUAGGUGUGAAAUCUAAGAAUCCCCUGCCAACUCUUGAGGGCUCAGUCCAGAAUGUUGAAUUGAAGUACUGCAGCACAUCAUUGGUCAAAUGUGCCUCUGGGACCGUGGGAUCAAUAAAAAUUUGUGCCAAAGCCCCAGGUGAUGGUGGAAAAGAGAAGCUGAUUCCUUUAAUUCAAGGCCCUUCUGACACCAGAGACCUACACAGCAGCAAAUGGCUCAAUGAAAGUAGAAAACCAGAAUCUCUCUUAGCGCCAGAUAUGGUAGCCUUUACAAUCCAGAGUCCUCAGUAUAUGGACUAUUGCCAUAAUUCUGGUGCUGUACUUUUGGCCAGUGUGCAGGGAUUAGCAGUCAAUAUUGAUCCUGUCUUGUAUACUUGGCUUAUGUACCAACCUCAGAAACGAAGUAGUAGACACAUCCAACAGCAGCCCGUAGGAACUGUUCCUCUUGGUAUGCCAGUAACGAGAAAAAAAGAGGAUGAGGUGUCAGUUGGAAGUAUGCCUUUGGCAAAGCAGCAGUCAAAUCAAGCUUCUGAGUAUGCCAGCAGCCCUGUCAAAACAAAAACUGUAACAGAAUCUAGGCCUUUGUCACUUCCAUUGAAAGCCAUGCUGACCUCAUCUGAGAGCUGCAGAAGUCCUGAGGAGAGAAUGAAAGAAUUUAUUGGGAUAGUGUGGAAUGCAGUUAAACGCCUUACACUUCAGCUUGAAGUGCAGUCCUGUUGCGUGUUCGUUCCAAAUGACAGCCUGCCUUCCCCAAGUACAAUCGUGUCUGGUGACAUUCCUGGAACUGUCCGAAGUUGGUACCAUGGGCAGGCUGGUAUGCCUGGUACGCUAGUUCUUUGCUUGCCCCAGAUAAAGAUUAUGAGUGCUGGACACAAAUAUAUGGAACCACUGCAAGAAAUCCCCUUUGUUAUGCUAAGAUCCAUUCUUGAAGAAGGUGAUGCCUUCCCCUGGACAAUCAGUCUGCAUCAUUUCAGUGUGUAUACUCUUCUUGGACAACAAAUGACACUUAAUUUAGUGGAACCCAUGGGCUGUACUUCUACUCUAGCUGUCACUUCACAAAAACUACUUGCCUCAGGGCCAGAAUCCAGACACUCGUUUGUUGUUUGCCUCCAUGUCGACCUUGAGUCACUUGAAAUAAAAUGCUCGAACCCCCAGAUACAGCUUCUGUAUGAACUGACUGACAUCAUGAGCAAAGUCUGGAAUAAGAUUCAGAAGAGAGGUAUGCUGUAUCAAUCUUCUGUCUACACGGAGUCUGUGACAGGGCCUGCUCCUCCUAGCUCUCCAAUUAAAAGUAGUGUUGGGACAGCUCCACCGGAUACCAGCACAUAUAGCCCAUCUGCUGACUUUGGAACCACUACAGAGGCUGAUUCUGUACAAGGUGGUGAUGAUUCUCCAUUCUCAGACUCUGUUACCUUGGAGCAAACAACAAGUAACAUUGGAAUAUCAAGUGGACGUGUUAGCUUGUGGAUGCAAUGGAUGUUGCCAAAAAUUACUAUAAAGCUGUUUGCACCAGAUCCUGGAAGUAAAGGCACAGAGAUUUGUGUUGUCAGUGAAUUAGAAGAUCUUAGCGCCUCAGUAGAUGUGCAAGAUGUAUACACCAAAGUCAAAUGUAAAAUAGAAAGCUUCAACAUUGACCACUACAGAAACAGCCUUGGGGAAGACUGUUGGUCUCUGGGGCAAUACGGAGGUGUAUUCCUUUCCUGUACUGACAAGCUGAACAGACGUACCUUGUUGGUUCGACCCGUCAGCAAGCAGGACCCUUUCAGUAAUUUCUCUGGCUUCUUUCCUCCUACAACUGCAAAACUUUUAGAUGGCUCACACCAACAACACGGAUUUCUCUCUCUCACUUAUACAAAGGCUGUGACAAAAAAUGUCCGGCACAAGUUGAUAUCAAGAAAUGAACGAAGAACUUUCCAUAAGUUAUCUGAAGGUCUCAAUGAUGGUUCUCCUCAUUUUCUUCACGAGAUCCUUCUUUCUGCUCAGGCAUUUGAUGUUGUCCUAUUUUUCCCUUUGCUUAAUGCAAUUGCAAGUAUAUUUCAAGCAAGGCUGCCAAGGAAUCAAAAAGAGAAAAGCAAAUCACCUGGCCAACCUAUGAGGACUCAUACUCUAACAUCUCGGAACUUACCUCUGAUUUAUAUCAACACAGGUGUAAUCAGAGUCUUCUUUCCCAAAACUGAGGAAAUGCAACAUGAUACAGGAGCUGAAGCUAAUCAGGCAAUAAAAGAAGACACUUUGAUUAUCAAGAUUGCCUCCGUCUCUAUGGCUCCCCAGGCUGACAACCCUCUUAGCAGAGCUGUACUCAGAAAAGAUAUUUACCAGAGAGCACUGAAUUUGGGAAUUCUUCGAGACCCUGGAUCAGAGGUUGAAGACAGACAAUACCAAAUAGAUCUGCAGUCUAUCAACAUUGGUACUGCGCAGUGGGAUCAGCUGAAACCAGAGAAGGACAAUAGUAAAGGAGGUGUGCUGACAGAGAGUGAAAGAAAUUCUCAAAACCCAGCGCUUGAAUGGAAUAUGGCCAGUAGCAUAAGGCGACAUCAAGAACGGAGAGCAAUUUUAACUCCAAUUUUAACAGAUUUCACAGUGCGAAUAACUGCAGCUCCUGCAAUCAUUUUCACAAAAGUAAUUUCACCAGAAAACUUGCACACAGAGGAGAUUUUAGUGUGCGGACAUUCUUUGGAGGUGAAUAUGACCACAAACCUGGACUUCUUCCUCAGCGUAGCUCAAGUACAACUUCUACAGCAGCUAGUACAAGCCAAUUUGGUUGGACUGGAGCCUUCUGACAAGAGCACUGAGGUUUCCAAACAAGAACAGAAAAAAAUGGAUAUAUCUGAUGGAGGAACAGUUGAAACUUCUUCACGUUAUAGUGGUGCCCAAGACAGUGGCAUUGGCAGUGACAGCGUUAAAAUCAGAAUAGUUCAAAUAGAACAACAUAGUGGCACCAGCCAACACCGCAUUGCACGUCCUUCCCGACAGUCUUCCAUUGUGAAGAACCUGAACUUCAUUCCCUUUGAUAUUUUUAUUACAGCAAGCCGGAUCUCCUUGAUGUCUUAUUCGUGUACUCCUUUAGCUAAAUCUAAAUCAUUGCAAGAUCAGAAAGAUGAUGAGAAGAUAAGCAAAAGUUCAUUAAACCUCCCAGAAACAGAUUCACAUGGUAGCCAAGACACCAGAAAGCUCAUUCAGGCACCUAUUUCAUCAGUAACUGCAGAUGAUCUCUUGAACAGUAACAAUUCUUUGCCCAGUGGGAGAAAAACAGGUCUACUGUCACUAGAAAGUCUUCAUGCUUCCACAAGGUCAUCUGCUCGACAAGCCCUUGGAAUAACUAUUGUUCGACAGCCUGGUCGCAGAGGAACUGGUGACCUCCGGUUAGAACCUUUUCUGCACCUUGUUGUAUCCCAGCCUUCUGUACUCUUGAGCUGUCACCACAGAAAGCAGAGGGUGGAAAUAUCAGUGUUUGAUGCUGUGCUUAAAGGAGUAACCUCAGACUACACGUGUACAGAUCCUGGAAAGACACUUCCAGAAGCGCUUGAUUACUGCAAGGUUUGGCUACAGACAGUAGCAGGAGAGAUAGAUGCUAAAAGUGGCAUUCCUCCUCCUCUCAUCACACUGCAAAUUAAAGACUUUCUCAAUGGGCCAGCUGACAUAAAUGUGGCUAUAUCAAAGCCUUUGAAAGCAAACCUGAGCUUUGUCAAACUUGAUCAAAUAAAUCAUUUCCUGAAGAAAAUCAUAAGGACGAAUGACUAUGAGACUAGCAAGGAGGCUGCUGCUUCAGCUGAUAGCAUUCCAAUCAAAGAUGACAUAUCAGCACCCAAAUGUUCCAGAAGAAAGGAUUCUUCACCUGCAGUAAGUGCUAAUGGAGAGCAGAUGGCUUCAGUCCACGAAAACUUGUGGAGAGUUGUUUCCUGUUUUCAAAAGAUUUCCAUUCAUACUGCUCAAAUGGUUGUUUCUAUGGAAACCAUGCCACACCCGAAUAAACCUUUCCUGUUAGCAUCUUUAUCAACCCUCAGUGGAAGUCUGAAUGUCAAAGCUGGACAUAAAACUACAGGUGUAAUUCAUGGAUCAUCAUUUGUUCUUGACAUAAAUGAUUUUCUCCUUAAAACAAGUUUCAAAGAAAGAAGCAGAGCUCUGAUAGGCCCCUUCUGUUGUUCUGUCAAUGUGGAAGCUAAGUGGUGUAAGCACAGUGGCAAUCCUGGUCCAGAGCAAUCCAUUCCAAAAAUACAUAUUGACUUCAGAGGAGGGCUUAUACAGGUCUUCUGGGGUCAAGAACAUUUGAAUUGUUUAGUUCUUCUCCAUGAACUUCUGCAAGGGUACCUUACUGAACAAGGCAAGAUGGAGACACUGAUCUCUGAUCAAACAAACCAGACUCAGUCUCCUAUGGAAAGGAAUCAGACCUCAAAAACUGAACAUACCUCAGAUGAUCUGAGAACAGGCCUGUUCCAGUACAUACAAGAUGCAGAAGCGCAGAAACUGCCGAGUGCCUAUGAAGUUGUGUUUUACAGUGAAACUGAGGAUAGUCCAGGAAUAAUGUUAUGGAGAUAUCCAGAACCCAGAGUGCUUACCCUUGUAAGAAUAACUCCUGUUCCUUUUAAUACAACUGAAGAUCCAGAUAUUAGUACUGCAGACCUUGGAGAUGUUCUUCAGGUUCCUUGUAGCUUGGAGUACUGGGAUGAGCUCCAGAAAUCAUUCAUUGCAUUCCGGGAAUUCAGUCUAUCAGAAAGCAAAGUUUGUGAGCUGCAGCUACCCAGUAUCAGCCUUGUGAAUGAUCAGAAGGAGCUUGUAGCCUCAGACCUUUGGAGGAUUGUCCUGAACAGCAAUCAGAAUGGAGCUGAUGACCAAAGCUCUGAAAGUGAAUCUGGCUCACAAAGUGCAUGUGAUCAGCUUGUGACUCCUACAGCAUUAGCAGCCUGUACCAGGGUUGACUCCUGUUUUACUCCUUGGUUUGUGCCUUCACUUGGCGUUUCAGUCCAUUUUGCUCAUUUGGAACUCCAUCUCUACCAUCAUCUUGAUCAGCUGGGCACAGCACCAGCAAGGUCCCUUCAGCCAUUUACCUCUGAUAAAAAUGUUCCAUCUGAACUAGAAUACAUGAUAGUUUCCUUCAAAGAGCCCCACACAUAUCUCCGGCAGUGGAGUGAUGAAUCAAUCUUCAAGGAGAUCCAGUUUUCUACAUGGACUGACUGUAAACUUUUGGAGUGCCGAAAUGUUACUAUGCAGAAUAUCGUGAAGCCUUUCAAAAUCUGUGGGCAGGUUGCCAUUUCUAGCAGUGCAACAGAAAGGUUGCUGGACUGCACUGUGAUGGUGGACCCUAUUUUCGUAAACUUUGGGCAGCAUGCAGUUCAUUCUCUGAAUACAGCAUUUCAAGCUUGGCAACAGAACCAAUGCCCGGAGGCAGAGGAGUUGGUCUUUAGCCAUUUUGUGAUCUGUAAUGACACACAGGAGACAUUGCGCUUUGGCCAGGUGGAUACUGACGAAAAUGUUGUGCUGUCUAGUCUGCACAGUCACCAGUACAGCUGGCGCUCUCACAAGUCCCCGCAGGCUGAACUGGAUAUUGAACACAACCUAUUAUUUAAAGGUCAGAAUAAUGCCCAAGCCUGGACAAGCCCUCUGUUACACAUCUGCAUUGAAGGUUGGGGAAACUGGCGCUGGUCUGAGCCAUUCAGUGUGGACAAUGCAGGGACCUUUAUCAGAACCAUUCAGUACAAAGGCAGGACAGCAUCACUUAUCAUCAAGAUUCAACAGCUCAGUGGAGUGCAAAAACAAAUCAUAAUCUGUGGAAGACAGAUGGUCUGUAGUUAUCUGGCUGACAGCAUCGAAUUGAAAGUGGUUCAGCACUACAUUGGUCAAGAUGGGCAGGCGGUUGUUAAAGAACAUUUUGACUGCCUUGCAGCCACACAAAAGCUGCCUUCCUAUGUUCUAGAAAAUGAUGAGCUGACCGAGUUGAGUGUGAAAGCUAAAGGAGAUGAAGACUGGUCAAGAGAUGUAUGUCUCAGUUACAAACACACAGAAUAUAGCACAGUCAUUCAGGUGCCAUCUUCAAACAGUUCAAUUACUUAUGUGUGGUGCACAGUUUUGACAACAGAACCCAACACUCAAGUACAACAACGACUAAUUGUUUUCAGCCCUCUUUUUAUCAUGAGGAGUCAUCUUCCAGAUCCAAUUAUCAUACAUUUGGAGAAAAGAAGUCUGGGAUUGAGUGAAACACAAAUGAUUCCAGGAAAAGGGCAGGAGAAAUCAUUGCAAAAUAUAGAGCCUGAUCUUACCCAUCACUUGACAUUUCAAGCCAGGGAAGAGGAUGAUCCAUCAGAGUGUGCAGUUCCUAUCUCAACAGCACUUAUUAAACAGAUAGCUACUAAAUCCCAUACAGGUGGCACUGUGAAUCAGAUACUCUCUGAGUUCUAUGGGAUUAAUAGCUCUCCCCAGCCUGUGUGGCCAUAUAAUAGAAAGGAUUCAGAGAGUAAUGAACAGCUCACUCAGUGGGAUAGCCCAAUGCGGGUGAAGCUGUCAGUGUGGAAGCCAUGUGUUAAAACUCUGCUGAUAGAACUCCUGCCCUGGGCUCUGCUUAACAAUCAGUCCAAAUGGGAUCUCUGGCUAUUUGAAGGAGAGAAGAUUGUUCUGCAGAUACCUGCUGGGAAAACAAUUAUACCUCCAAAUUUCCAGGAAGCUUUUCAAAUUGGAAUAUAUUGGGCAAACACUAACACUGUGCACAAAUCAGUGGCAAUCAAGCUAGUUCAUAACAUAACAUCUCCAAAAUGGAAGGAUGCAGACAACGGCGAAGUGGUAACACUGGAUGAAGAAGGGUUUGUUGAAGCUGAAAUAAAACUUGGUGCCUUCCCAAGUCAUAAAAAGUUGUGUCAGUUCUGCAUUUCCUCUAUGGUUCAGCAUGGUAUUCAAAUUCUACAGAUUGAAGAUAAGACAACAGUAAUCAACAAUACAUCAUACCAUAUCUAUUGUAUACCACAGCUGUCUGUUUCAAGGCCUCGGUCAGGAGAGGAGUAUUUACACGUACCAGACAGUACUGCAUUCAGCAUCUGCCCAGCUGGGGAGCCACCUACUGAAAAAUUGAGCUCUGUUCCUUGCUGGGACCUGAUGUCAGAUGUCAGUCAGUCAACUUCAGAAGUGUCCCUUUUUCAAAAGCACAUAUUGCUAAGUUUCAGUCCAGUUGUGUGUGCUGACAGCUCACGGUGCUGGAGCCUGCCAGCUGUGAUUAGACCAGAGUUUCCUAGACAGAGUGUGUCAGUACCCAUUGGAGUUUGUAAUGAAAGUGGAUUUUGUACCAGAGCCAUAGCACUAACUUAUCAAGAGCAUCUUGGGGUGACAUACUUAACUCUUACGGAAGACCCUAGUCCUCGCAUAAUUAUCCAUAACAGGUGUUCUGUCUCAUUGCUUAUAAAGGAGAACAUCAAAGACACACCAAAGUUUGAAGUUUAUUGCAAGAAGAUUCCAGCUGAAUGUUCUAUUCAUCAUGAGCUUUAUCAUCAAGUCUCCGGCUACCCAGAUUGCAAAACCAAAGACCUGCUGCCCAGCAUUCUUCUGAAAGUGAUAUCAACAGAUGAACUAACAAAUGAAUGGAGUGAUUUUGUGGACAUUAAUAAUCAAGGAACACAGAUUGUGUUCCUAACUGGUUUUGGCUAUGUUUAUGUGGACAUUGCUCAUCGCUGUGGUACAAUAAUAAUAACUUUGGCACCAGAAGGAAGACCAGGACCUAUCCAGAUCAACCUGAACAGACCUCAGGAGCAGACCGUUAUAUUUAAAAUGUUCAUCAGCCAGGCAAGCCUUGCAGUGUUUGAUGAAAUAACAAACCAUAAAAUGUCAUCUGAACUUCUGCGGCUUACAGCGGACAACAUUUUCCUUAACAUGGCACCAGUAGCCAGCUACUUGAGAUCCCUGUCUCAUGAAUUCCAGGGAGAGACCUCCGAAGGUCUUCUUCAGUUUUAUAGUCUCCAAAUAUAUUGUGGAGACUUGCAAUUGGACAACCAGCUGUAUAAUAAAUCCAGUUUCCAUUUUGCAGUCCUGCUGUGCCAGGGAGAGAAAAAUGAAACCAUGCAGUGGUCCAAAGUGAACAACCUCAUUUUAUCCAACAAAGAUUUGGACGAAUAUAAGGAAAACUGUUUCAUAAAACUCUGCAUCACUUUAUCAGAGGAACAGAAUUUCUUGUUUUGCGUUAAUGACCUCAACUUCGAACUGAAACCAGCGAGGCUGUAUGUGGAAGACACAUUUGUUUAUUACAUUAAGACCUUAUUUGAUACAUAUCUUCCAGACAGCAAAGUGAUUGGUCAUUGCAUGAAAACCUCAACUAUUACCCAGAUACUGCCUGAACAAGUGAGACAGCAUGCUAAAGCUUUAGUCGACCCAGUGAAGUUAAGGAAGUUAGCAAUACAACCAGUUAACCUCUUGGUCAGUAUCCAUGCUUCACUAAAGCUGUAUAUAGCUUCAGAUCACACUCCUCUCUCCUUCUCUGUGUUUGAAAGAGGACCCAUCUACACCACAGCCAGACAGCUCAUCCAUGCCUUGGCCAUGCAUUACGCUGCGGGGGCACUGUUCAGAGCAGGCUGGGUUGUCGGAUCUUUAGAAAUUCUCGGAAGCCCAGCUAGCUUGGUGCGAAGUAUAGGGAAUGGCAUAGCUGACUUCUUUAGGCUCCCAUAUGAGGGGCUGACCAGAGGCCCAGGAGCAUUUGUCAGUGGAGUUUCCAGAGGAACAACAUCAUUUGUUAAACACAUUUCCAAAGGUACACUGACAUCAAUUACCAAUCUUGCAACAAGUCUUGCUCGGAAUAUGGAUCGUCUGUCACUGGAUGAGGAGCAUUAUAACAGACAAGAAGAAUGGAGAAGGCAGCUUCCAGAGAAUUUGGGAGAAGGACUGAGACAGGGGCUUUCCCGCUUAGGCAUCAGCCUUUUAGGAGCAAUUGCUGGUAUUGUAGAUCAGCCAAUGCAGAAUUUUCAGAAAAUAUCUGAGGCCCAAGCUUCGGCAGGGCACAAGGCCAAAGGUGUAAUCUCUGGUGUAGGAAAAGGAAUUAUGGGAGUGUUUACUAAGCCAAUUGGAGGAGCAGCUGAACUUGUCUCCCAGACCGGCUAUGGUAUUUUGCAUGGAGCUGGACUUUCUCAGCUUCCCAAACAGCGCUAUCAUCCAAGGGAUCAAAAUGUUGAGCAGGCUCCAAACAGCCACGUCAAAUAUGUCUGGAAAAUGCUUCAGUCUCUAGGAAGGCCAGAGGUCCAUAUGGCACUGGACGUGGUUAUUGUGAGUGGAUCAGGCCAGGAGCAUGAAGGAUGCUUGCUGCUUACGUCAGAGGUGCUAUUUGUGGUCAGUGUCAGUGAGGACACACAGCAGCAGGCAUUCCCUGUGACUGAAAUUGAGUGUGUAGAAGACCAUCAACAAAAAAAUCUGCUGAAGGUGCAGCUCAAACAACAAAGAGUGCCUUGUGAUUUGGAGGUGGAUGGAGUUAGAGAGAGACUCUCUGAACAACAAUACAACCGGCUGGUGGAUUUCGUCACAAAAACAUCCUACCACCUUGCUCCAAGCCACUCUUCUGUACAAACAGCAUCACAAGUUGUAGCUGCAGAGCCCCUUCCAAGCACAAUUAAGACAUAUCAGUACCUAGUUGAUCCAAAUUUUGCUCAGGUAUUCAUUAGUAAAUUCACUAUGGUAAAAAAUAAAGCCUUGCGGAAGGGAUUUAAUUAAGAACAAAUUAUGGCAAGCAUGAUUAUGCAUUACCAUUUUGAAAGUCACGCUUUCUAUGCAGUCACCUAAUGUGAACUUUUCUAAUGUCAGUUUUGUGGGGUGGUGGGUGAUAGAAAAAUUAAAAGCUACCUUUUCUGACCUGACUACAAGGACAGCUUUGGGAUUCCUGGUCUCUACGCAAAGAUGUUAGCACUAGGAGGAAAGCAAAGUUGGUGCGUAAAAUAACCACUCUAACAAACAGAUAUUCAACCAAAGGGAAAGGUGGUAACUGAAUGAAAAUCCUUUGUUCUUUCUCUUACCAGAAAUAAGAAGAAAGGAGACAAGGGAAAUCUUAUUCAUUGAGACAUUUUUUGCACACACCAAAAAUAGAUAUCUGUGCCCACUAUAUCAUAUUUUAGGGUCUGCCAGUCCCUGGUAUAAGCAAGGCUUAUAACUCAGUUGUAAAAACUUCCUCAAGGCUGAAACUUUUUCCACCCCAGUGUCUACAUACUGAAGCAAAACACAUUCCCCUACUAAAUCUGAUAGACCUGGUGUGACCGUUUUAAGUUACUAGCGACAGCUGGGUUUUAGCACCACUCUAACCUUAAAAUAGCUUCCUUUAUUUGACUGAAAUUUUGCAGGACAUUAGUCCUUAAUGUAAACUAGUGCCUUUGUGUGGUUUGAAGAACAAAAUGGAAACGAUAACAUUAAUUUAUUUUUGCAACUGUCUGUAUACAGAAAACUUACUUUAUCCACCAAUCAAAAUGUCAUAAGAAUUUUCUAUAUAUAUAUAUAUAUACCAUUGCGGAUUAGCUGGUAAUAUGUAAUUAUGUCAGGGAGACAGGAGCAGUUAUAAUUUUGGGUCCAGUAAUGUGCAUUUUAAAAAGCUUUAGGAGCUGUGUUUAUUCUCAUUAAUAUGUACCAAAAAUUCAUUAGCACCUUGCUCCUUUUAAACCCAAGUGCUAAACUUCAUCCGUAGCUCACCUUGAUAGGCUCUACUAAUUCUGGACUCUCCAAACCAUACCCACAGCACUUCCUUACUUCGGCCAGCUGUAAUUCAUUUUAUGCUCAUCACCCUAAAAAUGUCAGAAACCAGGAAAUUUGGAAUCAGGACUGGGAAGUCAUGUAUUACAUCAGACCAUACAGAACUACAUGUGCCUAGAAAUUAUACCCUAUUUUGCACAGCAGAGCAAUUGGAAAAUUCUUGGAGUUAGACUCAUUUCUCAAUACAUGUAACAACUGUGAAAUGGGUCGGAAGACAGAGUUGUAUGAAAACUGCAAUAUUGGAGCCCGGUGCAAACCACUAUCUGUCAGCAAGAUGGCUACUACCAGCAGUAGGCUUACAAAGGGUAAUUGCAAUAUCAAUGACAUCAGUGUUAGAUGGCACUUGUAACAAUAUUAGGAAAAAAGCUUUUAGACAGAAAUGUGCUUUUCAAGUUGUUCUUUACCCUUUAUUUUCAAAUCUGUGUUAUAGUUUGUACUGCUGUCAUCACAAGAGCAGUUAGAUUGCUUUGCAGAGCAAACACACCUACAGCAAUUUUCAUUUUAAAUGGUAAAAGCUGACUUGACUCAGUUUCUUGGCUUUUGUGAGCUUCUACUUUAAACUCUGCCCAUGACACUUCUCCUUCUGACCGUGAAUUACAGCACAUGAACUAACUUCUUGUGUGGGGAUUCCUGAUGUACCUGAAUACAACCAGCAACUAAGUUAGGAACAGGAGUCAAGUCAGAUCAUUGUCCUUAGUGUUCAGUAAAUGCCAUUUACUUAUGUUAGCAUCUCCUAUACAUGGCUAUGACCAAAUGGACAUACAAUAAGGAUGUAUUAAUUGCUGUGCAUUUCUCAUGAGUUCUGCUUUGUUGAAGCUACUCCUGGAAUUCAUGUCUCUUGUGUACUAAUAAGGAAGAAGCCUGGGAUUUGAAUAGCCCUUUGCUGAAUGUGAAAUGAACCCAUCCUUUAUUAACAUUUCAUACAGUCGGCUAGCUACUUGGUCGUUGUUUGCCUUUAAAUGACACUAUUUAAAAAUGUAAAUAAAUAGAUUGUUCAUUCCUGAAUCUUUUAUGGGAAAUAGUUUACUACUGCUAAUUUUACAUACUGAUGCAUAAAUUGUAAUAUAACAAGAUUGUUUAAAGUUAAUAAAGCUAU